AUAAGUUGUCACUCCCGUAAGCGGUCGUGCGUUGCUAACAGCUUUCCAUACCUUUGCCUAGACAAGAACAGUGUUUUAUCAGAAAUUGUACUACGUACGCACUACAAGGGUCUAGAAUACGUGACGUCACUUCAAAAUGUCGACAGGGGGAUCUACACAUGGUCUGACGUCGUCGGAACUGGCGUUCAAAAAGGGAAGCAAUCGUGACAAGUUGGUCCUCGGUUUGGUGAUAGUGGGUGGGUUAGCCCUAGUUAUUGGACUUGCUGUGGGCAUUCCCUUGUCUAGACGAGCAGCGCCAGCAGUACCAAUACACGACCCCGACCUUGCUUUCGCUAAAACGUUUUUGCAAACGAACGUAUUGAUUGACGGCCAUAAUGACCUUCCGUGGCAGUACCGUCAGUAUGCUAAAAAUAAGGCCUAUUCUGUCAUGCUCAACGAGGAUACACGAACGCAGUGGCCAGCAGGCACCCCCAUGACCGAUAGCGCCUUUCCAGUUUUGCCUCCUCAGACAGACAUUCCGAGGCUCAGGGCGGGAGAAGUCGGUGCACAGUGGUGGGCGGCGUUCGUCUCGUGCGCUGCUACAUUUAAGGAUGCAGUACGACAGGGAUUUGACCAGGUUGACGUAAUCCACAAGUUUACCGCCAAAUAUCCAGAGACCUUCCAACUGGCUUUGUCUGCAUCUGAUAUUGAGACGACAUUUGCAAACGAUAAAAUUGCCAGUCUUAUCGGUCUAGAAGGCGGUCACAUGAUCGGAAACUCUCUCGGUAAUCUCCGUAUGUACUACAUGAUCGGUGUCAGGUAUAUGACCUUGACCCACAGCUGUGACACUGACUGGGCGGAUAACUACAAGGCGGACAUAAAUGGUGGGAUAUCUAAAGGUCUCACAGACUUCGGAAGGAUUGUGGUCCGUGAAAUGAACAGACUGGGAAUGAUCAUAGACUUGUCACACGUGUCUUAUCAAACCAUGCUUGACGCCAUGCAGGCAUCGGUAGCACCCGUAAUCUUCAGUCACUCGUCCGCCUUCGCGCUUUGUAACCAUUACAGGAACGUCCAGGAUGACGUCCUCCUAAAGCUGAAACAAAACAAGGGUGUCAUAAUGAUAAAUUUCUACACUGGUUUUAUCAACUGUGAUGCAGACCACGCAAACACAACAACAGUAGCACAAGUAGCAGACCACAUCGAUUACGUGAAGAAUCUAAUAGGCGUCGACUACGUGGCUAUAGGCGCUGACUACGAUGGUGUGCCCUUCAUGCCCUUGGAGCUAGAGGAUGUUUCGACUUACCCCGUGAUAUUUGCCGAACUCCACAGGCGAAAAUGGUCGAUUGAAGAUCUUCAGAAACUGGCCGGCUUGAACUUCCUCCGGGUCUUCCGAGCGGUUGAACAGGUGAGAGAUAACAAGAGUAAUGAUAACCCACAUGAGGACAUCAUCAAUCCAGCCGACUACAUAACGCUUCAUAACUGCACAACAAGUUUCUAGGAACCACUAAUGCCGACCUCGUCAAUAUUUCCUGUGCGUCCUUAUUGCACUCAUUUCAAAAGCGUUUCACAAACGGUUAUCAUGUUAAAAAAUACGACAAAAAUAGAGAUAUAUUUUCCCUUCUUCUAAAACUCAAAUAGUGAAAUAUAUAUGCAAUCCAUCAUUAUGCAAAACAUCUACAUGUACAUUCUUAAGUGUGCUUGUAAGUCGUAGAACACAUUAGACUCGUUAAUAAAUCAAAGAAUUCAGUUGAAUGACAAGAGCUUGUACCGAGCUAAAUUCUGGAGCCUAGCCCGGUGCUCGCCAAACAAAGCUAAGUCGUCUUAUUGUCACUUAGUGAAAAUGUACUCAUUUCUCUUAUUGAUGAUUGUGGACCUACUUCCCAAAAUAAAAUAUUUAUGUUAGAGAGAGCAAAAAUGAAAAAAUUAUCAUGAAAUCCAGUAAAGUUUUUGUUGUGUAUUAUAUUAAUGUUUAAAACGUUCUUUUGAGACGAUUAUAAAGCAUAAACACUAGAAAAAUGGAAAUAAAAAAUAAACUACAUUAUUUCAUAUUUAAUUUGAUUAUUGCAUGAAUGUAUUUCGGAUAUUCAUUGUAAGAUUGUUUUGUUUCCUAUAUAUAAUAUGAUCCCGAAAAAAUAUUGGAUGAAAAUUGAAGGACAUGCAUUAUGAAAAUAAUGUCAAAUGAAAGAGACCCAAUUCAGUAACCCUUUACAUAAUUUAUUAAAUUUAAAUGAAAGAAAGGUCCAUGCAAUUAGUACCUCUUUCCUUCAUCUGAAGAAACUGAAAAUUUUAGAUAAGGAUUUUUUACGAAACAUGUUCAUGCAGUGUCAUAACAGUCAUAACUAACCCAAUUAUCUUGUACAUGUAUCUGUUAUAACAUUUUUUUUAUGUGACGUUGUCAAUGGUAUUCAUGCGAAAGAAAAAGAUAAUAAUAAAAACAAAGUAAUAUGUUUCAUGACAUAAACUCAUGUUCUUAUGUCAAUUUUAAAAAUCUUUAACAAGUAUCUAUUUGUUUGAGUGAUUAAAUUCUUAAGUGUAAGCACUAUAUAAAACAAGGAUAUCUAUUUACGGGAUGUGUUAACAGUUAAUAACAGUAAUGGGAGAAGAUACAUGAUGAUUAUUUGAUCAAACUAAUUAUAAAAUAUUUCACUUUCGGUUGGUUUCCAUAUAUUAUGUAUUAUUAUUGUUUGGUCGUACUGGAAUAACCUAUAGUGGUUGAUGUUAAUGGGAAUGUAGUUUGCAGGCAUAUAAAUCGUUAAAAAAAAAUUCACAUCAGUAAUGUAAAAUGUACCAAAAAUGUUCGCUAAUUUUCUUAGCGUUUAGUUGAUCUAAUAAUCGGACCAAAUUAAUUUGCACGUGUAUAUGAGUUCAAUUGACCAUGUAACAUAGAUUCACGGUAAUAGUAUUAUAACUACUUUACUUUAUACCUCAGUUUUAGUGUGUAUGUUCAUGAGGAUACUCUUCGACAACCUUCCUUUCUAUACGAGAUUAUAACAUGGAACAUUAUUUCAUAUUCUUAAAUUUAACUUCUCGAGUUUUAUAAGAUAUAUAUUCCUAUACGUUAAAGUGUCAUUGUGUGAGAAUUUGUUAUUAACUGAUGUAAAUGUGUUUCAUGAAAAUCUAUUGCCUGGUGAUUUUAUGUAAUUAUUCAUACUAUUCCAUUUAUAUGCAGAGGGUCAAUUAAAGUAUACAAUUAAAUCAUAUCCCAACUUUUGUUGUAUGUACAAUGUAUCUUAAAUAAAUAUUUCUUCUAUAUAGUAUGCUAAUUAUAAAAUUCAUUCAAAACAAAUCUGCUUUAAAAUAUUCAUUUAGUUAUAAUGUAUCAUUUGACACCCCACUUUAUAAGCGUAGUAUAUCAGCGAGGAAGAAAUAAGAUAUUCUUUUUAUCCUAUCGUGUCAUCAUUAACAUUAAUAGGAUGACAAUAGAUCAAUUUCGAAGAUCGUAUAUAUAGGACAGCAAGCCACCAAUAGACGUUAUUUCGAACGAGUACUAUUAUAUUUACUAAAACAACACCUUUUACUAGCACAUCAGCGCAUACUUUUGAUAGGUAGUGCAGAUGGGAAAUGGCAAAAAGUUUUGUUUAGGAAAAAAAAAUUUUGGUUUUGUAUUAAUACAGUAGAAUGACUUUGAUCCGAGUGCUUAUGCCUAGUUUACAUAAGUUUGUUGUGAAUUUAAUGGGCAUAAUUCAUUUCAACAAUCUUCUUCUUAGUGUAAGUAUGAGUGGUAUUUUAGUAUAAUUCAUAUACGUCCUUAUCAGUAUACCGACAAGAGCAAAUAAAAAUAACUGAUGAAUAUCUAAUGAUGUCAUUUUUAUUGAUAUUCAUUCAGGAUUCCUUUUAGAUGUUUGACUUGAUUUGUAUCAUUACGGGAAAAAAUCCAAUUUUUAGCAUUACACAGAUUGCAGUUUGGUAUUUUUGGGGCUUUGAUUUUAUUUCUAUCAUAAUAUCGCAAAAAAAAUCGGAACGUAUGACAUGCUGCUAUACACAUCGAAGUGUAAAAUGUUGGAAUAACAGCAGCUAUAAAAUGAACUAAGCAAUGUGUCAAAUAAACUUAUUGCUAAACAUGGUGUAAGCAAUUUAUCUGUUUGACGUAUAAAUAUAUUUUUUACUAAUAU